AUGGAAAUAAUAAAUGUUGAAGAAAAUCUAACUAUCCAAGGAUUAUUUGAUCAUAUAAUUGAUCAAUAUGUUUCACAGUUAAAGGACAAAAUAUUAAAAAGUAUAGAAGUACAUUGUUCAAUAUCAAAAGAACAAACUGAAGAUGAAAUUGAACUGGAGUGCUUAGUUAGUGAUAUAAUUAACACGUUUGAACACUAUUUACCAGAUUUUGAUUUCUCAAAUAACCCAAAAGCAAACGAUCAAUUAAAACUAGACAUUCUUACCUAUAUAUUAUCUCAUAUUAGUGGAUGGACUUAUGAUACUACAUCUAUAGGAAAAAAAUUUAUUAGAGAAUUAUCAGAUGCUUUGUGGUAUGUUGAUAAAUGUGGACCUAAAACAUUCAAUGAUCGAUAUACAAUACCAAUAGAAUUCUCCUACAAUAAUCUAAUGGCUUAUCUUAGGAUGUCUUAG